AUAAAAUAGUGCACAGUGGAGUGCGUGGAGUCCGUUCUUUCAUACCCUAGAUAGUGCACGUACGUAAUGAACGUAGCGUUAUUUGGGAUUCAACCCAGGCUCGUGUGCAAGGUGAAAGAUGUCAGACCAGAGAGCUCUAAAGAACCCCUACCUGGACUAUAAUGGACCUGAGACCACACAGGACCUGUUCGACUCCCAUGGAAGACUCACCCCUGCCUUUGCAGGUCGUAUAAGCGGUAAGAUUAAAGAGCUGCUGGCCGUGAUGGAGAAUGGGCUGAAGACGGCCGACCCAAGCGAUUGCACUGGAUACACAGGCUGGGCAGGCAUCGCCAUGCUCUACCUGCACCUUCACUCAGUCUAUGGCGACCCUGGGUUCCUCCAGAGGGCGCUGGAGCACGUGGGCCGCAGUCUGAGGAGUUUAACCCAGCGAUGGGUGACUUUUUUGUGCGGGGAUGCGGGGCCGUUAGCCAUAGCCGCUGUCGUUUACCACCGCUUACAGAGAACCCAGGAAUCAGAGGAGUGCAUCAACAGGUUGAUGCAGUUUCACAAAUCGGUAGUAAAAGGUUUAGGCAGCCUCCCAAAUGAGCUGCUGUAUGGCCGUGUGGGUUUCCUCUUCUCCCUCAUCUUCAUCAACCAGCAGUUCCAGCAGGAAAAGAUCCCAAUGCAGUACAUCCAGCAGAUCUGUGAGGCUGUGUUGGCAUCGGGUCAGAACCUGGCUCAGAGGAUGCGAGUGGAGCACCAGACUCCGCUCAUGUACGAGUGGUACCAGGAACAUUAUGUGGGCGCCGCCCAUGGUCUUUCAGGCAUCUACUACUUUCUCAUGCAGCCUGGUUUCAUCUCUAACUACAGCAUUGUGCCAGCCCUCGUGAAGCCCAGCGUGGAUUACUUGUGCCAACUGAAGUUUCCGUCAGGUAAUUACCCUCCAUGUGUCGACGACAACCGGGAUCUCCUGGUGCACUGGUGUCACGGCUCUCCCGGAGUUAUCUACAUGCUUCUGCAGGCCUACAAGGUGUUUGGUGAGCAGCAGUACCUUCAUGAUGCCAUGCAGUGCGGUGAGGUCAUCUGGCACAGAGGUCUCUUAAAGAAAGGUUAUGGAUUGUGUCAUGGUGCAGCAGGAAACGCCUACGCCUUCCUGGCUCUCUAUAAACUCACCCAGGAGCCCAAACACCUCUUCCGGGCCUGCAUGUUUGCAGAUUGGUGCAUGAACUAUGGGAAACAUGGCUGCCGCACUCCAGACACGCCUUUUUCUCUUUUUGAAGGAAUGGCUGGAACUAUUUACUUUCUCGCUGACCUCCUCCAGCCAACAACAGCCAAGUUUCCCGCGUUUGAGGUGUAAAGGUUCACUGCUACAUGACAUUGCAUGCUUAUCAGCGCUUCAAGUACAAAACCUCAGCCUGGAGAUUUUACCGUCCCCCAGGACAGAAGAUACACAAACACACACACAGACACACAGACACACAGACACACACACAGACACACACACACAAACAUACACACAGAGCUGUGUUCUUGUGCAUGCCUGUCGCGCAGUCACGUCCUCCAAACUUUCCAUUUUCAUGCUUCAAGUUUAACGUCAUCAACUAAAAAAAACUAAAAACAGGGAGUGGCAAGAUUAAUCUGUGCACUGUAUUUUGGAAAAUUUGUAUUAGAGAGUUGCUUUGGUGAAUUGUUAUUAAUAAUUGGGAAAGAAAUAGGAGUGUGAUAUUUUUGUAUUUGUAUAUUGUCUGUAAGCAUUUGCUUUUCAUAUGACAUUUAGCUGUUAAACAAUUAUAGUGUGAAGAACCUGAAGCAACAUGCUUUAAACUGAAUUUGACAUUAUUUCUAGUUGUGAUGCAGGAUUACUUUGCAAGUCUUAAUAGUAAAUGAUUGUUUUAGACAGUCAGAUUUUUUUUCUCUCUUUUUCGUUCUUUUUAAGAAAGCAAAACUACUGUUUCUUGUUUGGUCAUUUGCAUCUGCUCAGUAAUAAAUCCUAAAGGAAGUUAAA